GCAACACUUCCUAAACACUGCCAGAAUGUCAGCAGCCAUACACACACGAAUCGUGAGCACCGAUGAAUUCUUCCCCAAUGUAAUACAACCAAAAGAAAAGGAGGCCCUAACCCCAUGGAUCUUCGAACAUGCCGACUUUGCUGAUCUCGACUGCAUUGAAAGAUGGCCUAGUGACUCAAUGAAGUUCAAGGAGUUUUUCCAUCUCUUUAACACUCAUGUCACGGAGAAUAAUCUAUUUGACACUUCCCUGGCGGAACCUGAUAUCUUCGAAGCCUAUUAUCCCAAAAGUGAAGACCAGUGCCUAGAAGGUAUUGAACCUGACUUGUUGGAAGAAGUUGCCGGAGGGGUCGAAGUAGUGGGACUUCCUGCUAAGAGCUGGAAGUACGGUGCACGAGAGAACUCUGCAGAUUUGAUGCAGUUACAGGGGUUGAUGUUGAGGACUUUGAUGGAGACGAUUUAUCUUAAGCUGAAGAUGGGAGGCAUCACGCCUCGACUUUAUUUUCCUGUGACAAGGUACAAGCAAGUGUACUUCAUAGGCGGUCGAAAGUAUGUCGCUAGACCCGACUGUGCUGCUAUGGUUAGGGUACAUGAUGAAUAUGUCCCAGUUCUCUCAUUCACUGGUUGGUUCCUAGAACAGACCUGGAGCGAGUUUCUUGGCGAGAUCAUGAGUGUAAUGUUAGGGCAACUUGCUCAUAAUCUUAAACUGGGAUUACAGGACCAAGAGAUGUUUGUUCUUGGAUGCUUCAAGCGCCAGAUUUUUAUAGCGCGUGGGUUGUUCACAAAAGAUCAGAUAUCCCGAGUACAUUCGAAGGGAUUUGCAGAAGAUGAAAGCUUUCGAUUAGAGCUGACACAAGGAUAUGAUCUUUCUACGAAAGAAAGCUGGUUCGAAGGCAUACAGCAUUUGGUGGGAUUGUUACGAUACUUUGUUAGUGGGAACGCAAACGUAGGGGGCUUGCAGGCUCAUAUUAAUAGGGAAUGACAAUUAUUUGACAAUUGGGUUCGACACACAGACCCGGGAGUCCCCCAUGUCAAGGACGUAUGCCCUACAGUGCAGAGCA